AUGAUAGAAAAUAAUUAAUAACAAAUAAAUUAUUUUUUAGAUCAUCAUAGUCAAAUUAAACUACCAUUAACAGAAAAUAUCAAUAUUAAAAUUCUUGGAUUUAAUUAUAGAUCAUCAAUUUUAGUUUUAGGAAAAUCAGAUGGAAAGAUUUAAAUAUAUUAAUUUAAAUAUGAUGCCAUAAAACUUAUUAAAGAAAUAAAUAGUUCUACUUCAAAAGCUUAUUGCUUAUUAUUUUUAAAGAAAUCUAAUCAAAUAAUAUUUGUGAAUAAUAAAAUAUAAAUAUAUUCAGAAAUAGGUAUAAAUAGAGGAUGUUAUUUAUUUUAAAUUGAAGGACCUAAACCAAAUUGUUUAAUAUUGAAUAAAGAUGAAAAUUUAUUAAUAUGUGGUAGCAACGAUAAAGCUAUUAGAUUUUGGAGAAAAAAUAAGAAUUAAUGGAAUUUUCAUUAAAAAUAUCAAAUUUCUCAUUAUGGAGUUAUAAUAAGUUUAAGUCUUGAUGAUUCUGAAAAUUAUUUAAUUUGUUUAUCAGAAUUAGAAAAUAGCAUAUUUAUUUGUUAAAGGAAUAAAUUUACAAAUUUUUGGUCAGUCUUUUAAAUUAUUUAUUGUAAGGAAAGUCAAGCAUUGUAAGCAUGUUUUAUUAAGGAUUCUAUAUUUAUUUUAUAAUUGUAUAAAGGAGAAAAUUUCAAAUUCUAUCAUCAAAAUUAAGAAACUUUAUAUUUUCAACCUUUUAACCCUUUUAUAUUAGAUAAAUGUAAUCCACUUUAAAUUUCUCAUAGAUUUUAGUUAUAAAUAAUAAAAUAAAGAUAAUUUUUAAUAUAUAGAAAAGAUAAUUGUAUCAAUAUAUUAUUGAUUAAGAGUUAAAAUAACUAUGAAUUUAUUAAAUUGGUUACUUUAAUUGAUUCAAAUUUUAUCUUUAGAGCAACAGAGGAUGGUAAAUAUUUAGUGAUUUGGCAAUAAAAUAAUAGUUUAUUAUUAGUAUCACUUUUAAAUGAAAUUUGA